CUUGGUGCGCUCGCGCAGCUCGUUCUGGUCAGAACGGCCGCAAGUUUGUCAAUGGAGCGGCGUGGUGAGCGCGGUCACGGUGCGUUAAAAACCUGCACGGUUCGAAUUAACAAGUGGUAUUCAACCAGAUGACACACACACACACACAUUAACAUCUAUCUAUCUAUCUGCAUAAUGUUGCCCUGUGGGGAACACUAGCAAUAUACCUGUACUAUAUAUGUAUAUAUAUAUAUAUGUGUGUGUGUGUUGAAAUUUAUAUGUAAUAGAUAACAUUAAGAAAACGUUGCCUGUGAUUCUCAUACAUUUUUUCUGCAGCGCCCCCUAUUUUGAAGAACACUUCAACAAACUUGUUUUUUUUUCAACAAUAAUUUAUAACAGCAGUCAGUACAUCUUCUCCACAGUGUGACAAAUAAGAAAAAUAUGUAAAUUAAAAUUAUUUUAACCAGCGGUGCACCCCUGUCAGGGCUCUGUGCCCACUUCAGGGGCCUGCCCCGCACUUUAGGAACCCCAGUAUUUUGCUACAUUUAUACGAGAAUAACUGAGCACGUUUUUAUUAGAUGUUUAUAUCUUGAUGCUCCUUCAGCCGCUGCUGCUGUUGUUGGGACUGUGUGUGACGUCACAGCAACAGUCCUCUCCAGUUCACCGUUGUGUUUAGUGCUGGGUUGGUACCAGGACGUGUAUGUACCUGUUGGUAAUAAAGCUGUCCACGUUACAGAUUAAUUAUGAGGCCAGCAGCAGCAGCAGCAGCAGCAGCAGCAGCAGCAGCACAGACCCAUUUAUACCAGGCGACACGUCGCAUUGAUUGCAGAGCGGGACACAAGUGUCCUGUUUCCCACGGUCACGGCCCGUGUUGCAGCUUUCUGUCUCACCGUCGGUGUCCACACAGCCUGUUCCCUUUCUGUUUGCGGAACAAAGUCGAGCCUUUUCACUGCACGCACUAAAUAGAUGCGUGUUUAUUGAGCAGAGCUGCGGCCGCUGCACGGCCGUAACCGGCGAGCGUGAGGUGUCAGAGAGGCGUGCGCCCCGAGGCCCCACCACUGGGCUUUUAUUUGUCAAACCAGCUCCGCUUUCAAAACCGCACUGGCUGUGGCACAAGUGGCGCAUGGUCCUCUCCACUGGUGCACCUAUUUACUGCGAGCGCUGCUCACUUAACUGCGCAAUAAAUGAAGGCGCAAAAUAAAUAGCAGCGGCAGUAAGAACGUCACAGGUGGACAAUCAGGAGGUUAACGUGGAUCAGAUGGACACACUGUGAUUAUAGAUACAUGUUUAUGUAUAUAUUUGGAAUUUAUAUAUAAAAUCUAAAAAAUAACUUUAAUUUAAAAAUAUAAAUGAAAUAUUUUUUUGUAUUUUUCAGCCUUUAUAUCGGAGAACCUCCCUGUCAUUUUUUUUAUUAAUUCUAAAAUUAUUAUGUAUAACAGUGAAAUAGUAUCUAGAAAUAUAUGUAUUUAUUUAAUAUAACAAUAUUAUUUUAUAUAUGUGUAGACAAACUCAAUUGAGCAAAUUGUAAAGUCAAUUUAAAAUUAUUUUUCCUAUUUUGAACCACGAAAUUGUGCUGUUUAUUUUUUACAUUUCGUAUCGACCCGCAGCCACACUGAUCUGGAACUUUUCAGGAAAAAUACUAAAGAAUUUAUUUUGGAAAUCCAUAAAUUACUGUGACCCUUUUUUUAAUUAAAUAUAAUUGUAAUUAGGGUUUAUUCUACAUGUGAUUAUAACAAAAACCCAACAUUUUACUUUUUUACUUAAAGGACAAAAAAAAUAAAAAACGACUUUCAGAAGGUGGAAACUUCUGUCAUACCACAGACCGGUCGGGCGGUAGAAGGACAGCUAUUUUACCGUAAAUAUCUGUUAAACUGCGGAUUCAUUUAAUAAAUAAUAGGAUAAAUAGAAGAAUAUACGUUAUUGCCCAAAUGGUGCGUUCAAUGUCAUGGCAGAAUGGUACGAUUUAAGGUUAAAAACAAGACAGAAGACACUUUAAAGACCAAAAACAUCGUUGUAAUGUCAAAAUUUGUAAUGUGAAAAAUAAUUAAUUCUGGACUACAAAAAUACUUUAAAUUAAUUCAUACUCAUUUAAAGUAAGAGAAAUAUAUUUUCUCUCCUUUUUGUCCAUUUAAAUGGAAUACACCGGGUUUUGCCUCAGCUGACAGAGAAGUGCGGCUCAGGCUAGGGGGCGUGGUCUGCCGGGAGUCUUUAUCUUGUUGUGCGUCUCGCGGACCGGGCUGUGAUUGGUUGGCUCUCCUGGCUAAUGGCACGCGACUGUGGUUGUCGCUAUAAACCAGCCUCGCGUGUCGGUGCCAAAAUAGAGCCGGUGUCGCGCAGAGAGUGGACACACAGCGAGAAGACAGAGGGACACGCAGAGAUGAUGGACAGUGUGCUGGACACCUUUGUCUCCUUCUCUUACACGCCCUACUUCGACGAUGAAGACUUUUGCACUGACCAGUCGUCCAGAGACGGACACAUGGACACGGACGACUUCUUGGACGACGACGUGGACUUCCUGACCAGACACUUCCAGGACUAUUACCGGAAGGAUGGCGUGGACACGGACGGAGACUACGAGCUGGGGGACCUGUCCUUCUCCUCCUCUUCCUCUUGUACGCCGGACAGGUCUCCACCUGCCGCUGACCACCACCACCACCACCUUGAAGCCUCGCUGAAACGCAGGCGGCGCAUGCGCUCUGAGAGAGAGAUGCAGCAGCUGAGGCAGGCGGCGAACGUGCGUGAGCGGCGGAGGAUGCAGUCCAUCAACGACGCGUUCGAGGGCCUGCGCUCGCACAUCCCCACGCUGCCCUACGAGAAGAGACUCUCCAAGGUGGACACGCUGCGGCUGGCCAUCGGCUACAUCAACUUCCUGGCGGAGCUGGUGCAGUCCGACGUCCCGAUCAGGAACUCCGCAAGUGAGAUGCACGCGCAGCCCAAGAAGGUCAUCAUCUGUCACCGAGGAACAAAAUCCCCCUCCCUCAGUGACCCGGACUACGGUCUGCCCCCCCUGGCGGGUCACUCUCUGUCUUGGUCGGAUGAAAAGCAACUCCGGGAGCAGAGCAUCAUCCGCACCGCCCGGGUGUGGACGCCCGAGGAUCCCCGCAAACUGCACAGUAAAUCGGGCUUGACGGACAUUGUGGCCCCCCCCCCCCCGGUUCUCCUGUGACCCCCCCCCAAACCCCCGCCCUCUGUUAAACUCUGUUAAACGUAUUUGAUGGACGCCUGUGGCGUCAACGUGCACUUCAUGGUUUCCGUACAGUGUUCAGUGUAUUCAGUGUUGUACAGACCGUUUUAUCAUAUUGAUGAUUUUUAUUAUUAUUAUUCUUUUUUUUGUAAUUCAUGCAAGUGGCAAUCAUGUAUUUAUUUUUUUAAAAUUGUUUUCACGAUUUGUAAUAUAUCUUUUAGUUGAAAUGAAAUGAAAUGAAAUGUUAUUUUACCAGGAUUUUGUAUUUAUACACAGACAAAUAAAGACGUCCAGCAGU